CCUCCCUCCGUGCCCAGUCCCGUCUUUUGUCUCUUGUCUCCUCCCCGCGCUGCCUCGGUUUCCCUCCUGGGAAGAAUCCGGAAGGAUGAAAGAGACGGAUCCUGCAAAGCUCGUAAGGAUGGAAGGGGGAAGAUGGACGGUUGACCUGGUCAGGUUGUCUCCUGCAUCCCUUCGCACAACCUCUGAGCGUUCCCUCCCAGGGACCUCUGAGAGAUCUGAUGGUGAUGAAUUGGAAGGGAAGAACAAGGGGGACCACAACAGAAUUCACAUAGCAGAGAAGUCAGAUAAAUAUACAAAGUGCGGAGAGAACAUCUGCCAGAGCCCCCAGUCCACCUCACAUCAAGGAAAGAGCUUUGUUCGGAGGGAUAGAAUCUCUUCACAUGAAAGAACUAACAGCGGAGAGAAAUUGUAUCAGUGCAGAGAAUGUGGGAAGAGCUUCAGUCACCGUCAGAAUCUCACUUGCCAUCAAAGAGUCCAUACAGGGGAGAAACCCUAUCAGUGCUUGGAAUGUGGAAAGAGCUUCAGUCAGAGGGUGCAACUCACUUCCCAUCAAAGAAUUCAUACAGGGGAGAAACCCUUUCAAUGCCUUGAGUGUGGAAAGAGCUUUCGUCACAGUUCCAGUCUCACUUCCCAUCAAAGAGUCCAUACAGGGGAGAAACCAUAUCAGUGCUUGGAAUGUGGAAAGAGCUUCAGUCAGAGGGUGAAACUCACUUCCCAUAACAGAAUUCAUACAGGGGAGAAACCGUAUCAGUGCUUGGAAUGUGGAAAGAGCUUUCGUCAGAGAGGUCAUCUCACUUCCCAUCAAAGAGUCCAUACAGGCGACAAACCAUAUCAAUGCUUGGAAUGUGGAAAAAGCUUCCGUGAUAGGUGGCAGCUUACUUCCCAUCAAAGAAUUCAUACAGGGGAGAAACCAUAUCCAUGCCUGGAAUGUGGAAAGAGCUUCAGGUACAUGCAGGGUCUUAGUUUGCAUCAAAAACUUCAUACGGGGGAGAAACCAUAUCAGUGCUUUGAAUGUGGAAAGAGCUUCAGUCAAAGUUCCAGUCUCACUUCCCAUCAAAGAAUUCAUACAGGGGAGAAACCAUAUCAGUGCUUAAAAUGUGAGAAGAGCUUCAGUCUCAGGCACAGUCUCACUUUGCACCAAAGAAUUCAUACAGGAAGGAAACCCUAUGAGUGCUUGCAAUGUGGAAAGAGCUUUCGUCACAGUUCCGGUCUCACUUCCCAUCAGAGAGUCCAUACAGGCGAGAAACCAUAUCAGUGCUUGGAAUGUGGAAAAAGCUUCCGUAAGAGUUCCUAUCUCAUGACCCAUCAAAGAACUCAUACAGGUCAGAAACCAUAUCAGUGCUGUGAAUGUGGGAAAAACUUCAGUCGAAGCACCCAUCUCAAGACACAUCAAAGAAUUCAUACAGGGGAGAAACCCUAUCAGUGCUUGGAAUGUGGAAAGAGCUUCAUUCGGAAGGAUAAACUUCAACAACAUCAUCGAACUCACACAGGGGAGAAACCAUUUAAAUGUAUAGAGUGUGGAAAGAGCUUCAAUCGAAGUGAAACCCUUAGAAAACAUCAUCGAACUCACACAGGGGAGAAACCAUUUAAAUGUAUGCAGUGUGGGAAAACCUUCAGUCAAAGCGGACACUUAAGACUACAUCAACGAACUCACACAGGAGAGAAUCUGAUCUGCAAGUCUGAGCUCAACUCCUUCCUUGAGACAGAAAAAUACAGAGACUUUGAGAGGAUUUUGUCUCCCUGCACUCUGAAGCAGACGAUGGAGAAGACAGGCAAGAGUUCUGGGGGGCCAUCUGUAAAUUCAAAAGGAAUAAUGAAGAAACCAUUUGAAUGUAUAGAGUGUGGAAAGAGCUUCAGUCAAAGUGAGAAACUUCAACAACAUCAUCGAACUCACACAGGGGAGAAACCAUUUAAAUGUAUAGAGUGUGGAAAGAGCUUCAGUCAAAGGGGACACUUAAGACAACAUCAACGAACUCACACAGGUGAGAAACCAUUUGAAUGUAUAGAGUGUGGAAAGAGCUUCAGUCAAAGUGAGAAACUUCGACUACAUCAUCGAACUCACACAGGGGAGAAACCAUUUGAAUGUAUAGAGUGUGGAAAGAGCUUCAGUCAAAGGGAAAACUUAAGACGACAUCAACGAACUCACACAGGGGAAAAACCAUUUGAAUGUAUAGAGUGUGGAAAGAGCUUCAGUCUAAGGGCAAACCUUAGAAUACAUCAGCGAACUCACACAGGGGAGAAACCAUUCAGAUGUAUAGAGUGUGGAAAGAGCUUCUCUAAUAGUGGGAAACUUCGACGACAUCAUCUAACUCACACAGGGGAGAAACCAUUUGAAUGUAUAGAGUGUGGAAAGAGCUUCGCUCAUACUGAGAAACUUAGACUACAUCAACGAACUCACACAGGGGAAAAACCAUUUAAAUGUAUAGAGUGUGGAAAGAGCUUCAGUCAAAGUGGACACUAUAGACUACAUCAACGAACUCACACAGUGGAGAAAGCAUUUAAAUGUAUAGAGUGUGGAAAGAGCUUCAGUCAAAGUGAGAAACUUCAACAACAUCAUCGAACUCAUACAGGGGAGAAACCAUUUAAAUGUAUAGAGUGUGGGAAAAGUUUCAAUAAAAGUGGACACUAUAGAGAACAUCAGCGAACUCACACAGGGGAAAAACCAUUCAAAUGUAUAGAGUGUGGAAAGAGCUUCAGUCAAAGUGGACACUAUAGAGAACAUCAGCGAACUCACACAGGGGAAAAACCAUUUAAAUGUAUAGAGUGUGGAAAGAGCUUCAGUCUAAGUGAAACCCUUAGAAAACAUCAGCAAACUCACACAGGGGAGAAACCAUUUAAAUGUAUAGAGUGUGGGAAAAGUUUCAAUAAAAGUGGACACUAUAGAGAACAUCAGCGAACUCACACAGGGGAAAAACCAUUCAAAUGUAUAGAGUGUGGAAAGAGCUUCAGUCAAAGUGGACAAUAUAGACAACAUCAACGAACUCACACAGGAGAAAAACCAUUUAAAUGUAUAGAGUGUGGAAAGAGCUUCAGUCAGAGUGGAGACCUUAGAAAACAUCAGCGAACUCACACAGGGGAGAAACCAUUUAAUUGUAUGCAGUGUGGGAAAACCUUCAGUCAAAGGGGACACUUAAGAGAACAUCAACGAACUCACACAGGGGAAAAACCAUUUGAAUGUAUAGAGUGUGGAAAGAGCUUCAGUCAAAGUGGACAAUGUAAACGACAUCAACGAACACACAUGGGAAAAACCAUUUGAAUGUAUAGAGUGUGGAAGGAGCUUCAGUUGAAGUGAAAACUCUUUGCUAUUUGCUGUUUAGUAGCGCUGCAGAGAGCUUGCUGGGGAGACCAUGCAUUAAAAAGGGACUCAAAAAUAACUUAAACAAGGUUUU